AUGGAAUCAGGUUUAUCUUCAAAAAGAGAUUACAAACCAGCAGAUCCACCUACCAAAUAUCGUGCCAUAUCAAAUUCUUUGAUAUGGCACUGCGAUAUUCAUUACCUUCACGGUAAUGUUUCUUUUCCAUUUUUUGCCAUAUUGGAUGAUAUGACACGUAAAGUUCUCAAAACUAAAUUAUUGAAAAACAAGUCUUCCAACUCAACAGCGAAGGUUUUAAGAAAACUUUUAGAGAAGUUUAUUCCUUACUGCAUCUGGACCGAUAACGGCGGUGAAUUCGGCCAGGUUAUGCAGGAAAACGGAAUAGUUUGGAAGCACACCUUGCCGUAUAUGCCAAGACAGAACGGCAAGGUGGAGCGCCUGUGGCCAAGCUGUUCUAAAACUUUUGUUUACAACAUAUUUGCUAACUGA